GCAUUGCCAUACAUCGCACGCAAUAAAUCAUCCGAGCGUUAACUGAACUGGCAUUGGCUACGUUUUACAUCCCCGGAAGAGGCGUUGCGCCGUGAAUUUGCGCUUUUCUGAUAGUAUUCACUUUCGGUUUUGUUAUUGAAAGACCCUUGGCAGCUUUUUGUAUAGAUUGCACAGAAAACUCUGACUUCAUUCAUUUUAAAGUGUUUCUUUGUUGUCAAAGAUGAGUUACGACCGAGCUAUCACUGUGUUUUCACCGGACGGUCACCUGUUUCAGGUCGAAUACGCUCAGGAGGCUGUAAAGAAGGGAUCGACGGCGGUUGGCGUAAGGGGCAAAAAUAUUGUUGUACUUGGUGUGGAGAAGAAAUCAGUGGCGAAACUACAAGACGACAGGACAGUGCGCAAAAUCUGCGCUCUGGAUGACAAUGUUUUUAUGGCUUUUGCAGGACUUACAGCAGAUGCCAGAAUUGUCAUUAACAGGGCAAGAGUGGAGUGCCAGAGUCAUCGCCUGACUGUGGAGGACCCUGUGACUGUGGAGUACAUAACGCGCUUCAUAUCCAGCAUCAAACAGCGAUACACUCAAAGCAAUGGCCGUAGACCUUUUGGGAUCUCUGCCCUCAUCAUGGGCUUUGACUUUGAUGGGAUGCCAAAGCUGUACCAGACAGACCCCUCUGGGACAUAUCAUGCAUGGAAGGCCAAUGCCAUUGGCAGAUCUGCAAAAACUGUACGAGAAUUUCUGGAAAAGAACUACGAGGAGAAAGACAUGGAGUCAGAUGAAGAAACUAUAAAGUUGGCCAUCAAAGCACUACUAGAGGUCGUACAGUCUGGAGGCAAGAACAUUGAGCUUGCAGUCAUGAAGCGCAACGAACCCCUGAAGCUACUGAGCCCAGAAGAAAUAGAACUCCACGUCUCAGAGAUAGAGAAAGAAAAGGAAGAAAGUGAGAAGAAAAAGAAGAAGGCGUAGUCUGGACACUAUUUGGAGAGUCAAAGUGCCUUUAAAUCAUUAAAUUCUCAUUGCUUCAUGA